AUGGUGGGAAAAGAACAAAUACAGGAAUUACAAUCAUCAUCAUCAUUAUCUCUUUCUCCUUGUAAUAGCAAAGAUGGUAAAUUUUCUUCUGCUUCGAUUAGAUCGAAAUAUAGUAAUAUAUCAGAACAAAUUGCGCUUGAUCUACCAGCUUUUGAGCUGGUACCUCAUCGUCCGGCACCUAAACCUCCAUCAGUUCUUAGGAAAAUGGAAAAUUUUAGUAGCCGUACUCUUGAAUCGAUUCAUUCUCGAUCAGCACCUGAUGUAUGGAAAUCGACGCAGGGGCCAUUUACUCCACCUACUCAACAAUUGAAUACGUGGACACGAUCUCCUCCAUAUUCUCAUGGGUUCACACGUACAUGCACAAUAACGUCGGAAACGAUGGCGAGUUCUACUCCGACGAAGAGUUAUGGUAACUCGAACCAUAUUUUAAGUCCACCUACAACAGGUGGAAGUGGAAAAUCUUCUAAAAGUGUUUUUGGUCACUUUAUGAGUAAUAUAACAGAGAUUUUAGGAUCACAAAAGAAGACCGAAAUUUCCUCUCCUUACGAUCUGGUUCAUCUUACACAUGUCGAUUUUAAUGCAAAGACUGGCAAAUAUAAUGGUUUACCAAAAGAAUGGCAAAAGCUUCUUUCUGAAUGUGGUAUUUCGGAAAAAGAACAAGAAGAGAAUUUUCAUGCGAUUAUGGAUAUUGUCUCUUUUUACGCAGAUGGAAUGGCCUCACCUGUUCUUAGUGUUGCAGAUGAUGAUGAUGAUUUAGUAGACAGCAUUAAUGGCUUAGAUCCGUUUAAGACAGAAUCUCCAAAAAAACCUUCUUUAUCAUCAUCAAUGACGGUUUUUCCCAAAAAGCGUGGGGUUCUUCGAGAUGUUCCUUCAUUACCUGCAGAUGCGAAACAACGAAUAUUAGAAGCAAAAAAGAAAGUUGAUAUUCCCCUGCAUCCAUCUUCUUCAAAGCUUUUCCUUUCGUCUAAAAAAGUUUGGGGCGCACCUAUAACAACCUUGAAAAAACCAAAACCAAAUCCAAACCUUAAUACUAAAAAACGUGAGGUUUUUCCGAAAAAUACCUCUCAUCCUUUAAAACCAUAUAUUUCUUCUCCAACAUAUGACUCUGGUUCUCUUUUAAAUAAUAAUUCAGAUAAAUCAAUUCAAGAUCUACAGAACGAUGUAUCAAAACAAUCUGAGUUAAGGAAAUCCUCAAAUUCAGGCUCUCAGACUUUAUUAAGAUUGAGGCUUAUAUGUAAUAUUGAAGAUCCCACCAGAUUGUAUCGGAAUUUAGUGAAAAUUGGUCAAGGUGCAUCUGGUGGUGUUUAUACCGCUUAUCAAGUCGGGACAAACAUGAUGGUUGCUAUUAAACAAAUAAAUCUUGGAAAUCAAUUAAAAAGGGAUUUGAUAGUCAAUGAAAUCCUUGUUAUGAAACAAAAUAAACAUGAAAAUAUAGUUAAUUAUAUUGAUAGUUUUUUAUUUAAAGAAGAUUUAUGGGUUAUUAUGGAAUAUAUGGAAGGUGGCAGUUUAACUGAUGUUUUGAUGUCUAAUAUUAUGACUGAAAGUCAGAUCGCAACAGUCGUUAAAGAAGUACUUAAGGGUUUAAUAUAUUUACAUUCUAAGGGCAUUAUUCAUAGAGAUAUUAAGUCUGAUAAUGUUUUAUUAUCUUUAGAUGGUCUUAUUAAAUUAACUGAUUUUGGGUUUUGCGCUAGAGUUAAUGAGGCUAUGAAUAAACGUACUACAAUGGUUGGUACACCUUAUUGGAUGGCUCCUGAAGUUAUCACCAGAAAAGAAUAUGGUCCUAAUGUUGAUGUCUGGAGUCUUGGUAUCAUGUGUAUCGAAAUGAUCGAAGGCGAACCACCUUAUCUCGAUGAAAAUCCUUUACGUGCUCUUUAUUUAAUCGCUACAAAUGGAACUCCUAAAAUUACUCAACUUCAAAAUCUUAGUCAACCAUUUAGGGAUUUUCUUCAUUUAACCCUUCAGGUUAACCCCGAACAUCGUCCUCCUUCUUCAACUUUACUUUCUCAUCUCUUUUUUAACAAAGUCUUGCCACUCAAUUGUUUAAUACCGUAA